AUGCUUUCGUUCUGUCCCUACUGCUCCAAUAUGCUCUUGGUUUCACAGGGCGAGGAUAACUGCAAUAGGUUGUACUGCCCGACCUGUCCAUACGAAUUCAGGAUAUCCGGUUUCCAAAUGUUCGAGAGAAAAAUGCUACCCAGAAAAGAUGUUGAUGACGUUUUGGGAGGCGAUGGUGCAUGGGAUAAUGUUGAUCAGACUGCUGCCCAAUGUCCAAUCGACUCAUGUGGCAAUGACAAAGCAUACUUUUUCCAGUUGCAGAUUCGUUCUGCCGAUGAGCCUAUGACCACUUUCUAUAAGUGUACCAAGUGCUCUCAUCAAUGGAGGGAGAAUUAG